UCAAUUAUUCCACAGUCAAGUCAGUCACUGAGAUACAUUUGUCGAGUUAAGUUGUUCUCGUUUGUUUUGCUUUCUCUUAUUCGAUAAUAAAAAUAGAAAAAAAGAUAAACUGAACGAAAAUAAAAUAGAAACAUUAAUCAUAUACCCGAUAAGUUUGUUUUGUAUCUAAAGAUUGUGAACAUAAACAUUUUGAUUACAUCUACCUAUCUACGAAUUUUGUGCGUGAUGAUAAACUGUAUUGAUUGAAUCUAGUGCCUAUAUCUAUAGGUAAUCCCAUACCAUACCAAGUGAUUGAUUAAUUUUGUGUUUUCUCUGUUGAGUGGAAAGAUACAAUAUCUAUCUCUGGAACUAUACAAGUGAACGAAAAAGUAUCCCAUAAAUACAUAUAUUUUAAUUAACCCGGUUGUUUUUUAACUCACGCAAAAUUUAUCUAUCGAGAAUGGCAACCCUAUCGUCGCAUCCACAGUAUGGAUUCCAUCUGUCGAGCGGCGGUAUGGACAUGCCAACACCGGGCGACUAUGCCCCCCAAUCCGGACUCAGCCCCUCCGAAAUGGAUAUCAAGCGAGUGAUGCACUUCUCACAGGGCGGCAGUCUGGCGGCGAUAUCCGCUGCCAUGGGUGGUUCUCCCGUCGGCGGCCACAGUGCCAAUAAUGGAGGAAAUCCAAUCAUGGGCACAGCCAGCAUGGGCAACCAUCACAUGGGCCUCUCGCAACAGAACCACUCGCCGAACUCGAGCACUGGCAGUAUAAAUGGCAGCGGCGGCGGCCACCAUCCCACUUCGCCCGGCCAAGAUGGACACAUCAAGCGGCCGAUGAAUGCGUUUAUGGUGUGGUCGCGACUUCAGCGGCGGCAAAUCGCAAAAGACAAUCCCAAGAUGCACAACUCUGAGAUCUCCAAGCGUUUGGGCGCCGAAUGGAAACUCCUGGCCGAGACAGAUAAACGACCCUUCAUCGAUGAGGCGAAACGUCUACGAGCUCUACACAUGAAAGAACACCCCGACUACAAGUAUCGCCCACGUCGCAAGCCCAAGAACCCCCUACAUGCUGGUCCACAAGGCCUCCAGAUGGGUCCCGGCGGCAAUUCAAAGCAACAGAUGAACGGCAGUUCGGCUGGUUCGUACAAUCCCUUCCAUCAGCUGCCUCCAUACUUCGCCCCAUCACACCACUUAGACCAGCCCUACCCAGUUCCCUAUUUCGGCGGAUUCGACCCACUCGCUCUGUCCAAGCUCCACCAGACACAAGCCGCAGCGGCGGCAGCUGCCUCAAAUCAAUCCCAGCACCACCUCGAAGCGCAAAAAGCCCCCCAACUACCACCCACCACCUUGAGCUCGUUCUACUCCGGCAUCUACAGCGGCAUGUCCGCUCCCUCGCUGUAUGCGGCGCAUACAAACGGACUCUACAACACCUCAACAGCCUCCUCACCUGGAUCCAGUCCUGGCACCAUGACGCCCAACAACAUGGUCGAUUCGAUGGACAGUGCCCUCAGAAGACCGGUGCCGGUACUUUAUUAAAAACACACUUCCCGAAAGUAGAAAAAACACCUCAUCUCGUCUCGUCCCCUCGAAACUUUCGCUCUAAUUUAGUACAACUUCAAAGGAUUCUCAUAAGGUCUUCAAACCUUUGUGCAAAAGUGAUUAUUGAAUGUGGUUCUUCAAACAAAACAAAAAUAAUAAACAAAAAUUAUUUAAAUUUAAGAUCGUCGUCGUAGUUAUAUACAAAAACAAAAAAUAGAUACACGCGAGGAACAGUAUUUUAUUUAUUAAAUAAAAUUAUAUAUAUAAAUUAAUUUGUUUUAAAUGUGCAUAGUUGUAUAAGUUGAUAUAUUAUUACUAAACAAAAAAUAGAUUGUAAAUUUAAUUCAUUUAAAUUGUAAAAAUUAGCAACACAAAAUAUGACUAAAAAUUAUACAAAAAUUGUAAAAUUCACACAAACAAAUUCUUGUUCAUUGUCAGCAAACAAAUUUUAAAAAAUUAACAU